AUGAUCCUGCGGCAGUCUGUCAUACGUCACGCCGACGUCUCCAUGAUUACUAUGACCUGGGAGCCAACCUCAGUAUUUCCCAUCGCUGACUUCCAGAAUGUGCAGGAAUUCACCCAUUGGAACAGGCUGUAUGAUUGGCAGAAGGAGCGGUCCCGGGAUCUGAUGGAGCUGGGUGUGCUGGUGGAUCCGUAUCUCGGUGUGCCGUUCCGAGAGGGACGUUAUCAUGGAGUCGGGGCAGCCGACCAGGACCAUGCUAUUGGGUCGGAGGGCGCGGAUGAGUUGAUGGCGAUGGGAGUCCUGCCAGCUCAUGGAUAG